CUUUCAGUACAGCCUAAACCGAGCAUGUGCUCCUAUAAUUAGAUGUAACUGCGGGAAUCAGAGAAGGUGUCAACUGCAUAAGCUACUGGUGCAAUCGAUUGCCAAAUUAUGCGUAUGUUUUAUUUCAUUUUUGUUGGAUACACCCUUUGAAAUGAGAAUGGAUAGAGUUGGUCUGAGAUAAUGUAUUUGUAUCCCGUCGGAACCACUCCUCUCUCUCUGGGCAGAUUAGAAUUCCUGCAAUAACUGCAGCAAAACCGAGAGCUGCAUUACAUGCACACUGAAUUUGAGAAAGAGGAGGGAGCUGCCUAGGCAGUCUGUAUUGAAUUCAUAUGAGCUGAGGCGGGUGGAGUGUGUCCUUAUUUUACCGACCGCAUAUUUUUUUGGAAGUUGGAAGUGAGGGUACCGAUUCAUUCGCAAAUGCAAUUCCUGAACGGCGCUGGGUGAGGCGAGUCUGGACCCCCAUGUCAGAGUUUUAGGAUGGCCAGUGACGGCUCCAGUAUCCCCAGCCCUGUGGUGCGUCAGAUUGACAAGCAGUUCCUGAUCUGUAGCAUCUGCCUGGAUCGCUACGACAACCCCAAAGUUCUUCCUUGCCUGCAUACCUUCUGCGAGAGCUGCCUACAGAACUACAUUCCGGCGCACAGCCUGACGUUGUCGUGCCCCGUGUGCCGCCAGACGUCCAUCCUGCCGGAGAAGGGCGUGUCCGCGCUGCAGAACAACUUCUUCAUCACCAACCUGAUGGACGUGCUGCAGAGGUCUCCCGACAGCAGCAGCGAUGACGGCACCGUGCUGGAGACGGGCGCGGCCGUGCCCACCGGGCAGCCCCUGUCCUGCCCCAACCACGGAGGCAAUGUGAUGGAGUUCUACUGCCCCCCGUGUGAGACAGCCAUGUGUGAGGAGUGCACUGGGGGGGAGCACGCAGAGCACCCCACCGUCCCGCUCAAAGACGUGGUGGAGCAGCACAAGGCCUCUCUACAGGACCAGCUAGAUGCUGUCAAAAACAGGCUACCAGAGAUCGACUCGGCCCUGCAGGUCCUGUCGGAGAUCCUGCAGCAGCUGACCAAUCAGAAGUCGUCCAUUGAGGAGGACAUCCACGCCGCUUUCGACGAGCUGCAGAAGACGCUCAACGUGCGCAAGAGCGUGCUGCUCAUGGAGCUGGAGGUCAACUACGGUCUCAAGCAGAAGGUGCUCCAGGCGCAGCUGGACACUCUGCUGAAGGGGCAGGACAGCAUCAACAGCAGCUGCAACUUCACGGAGCAGGCGCUGAGUCACGGCACCGAGGCCGAGGUCCUGCUGGUGCGCAAGCAGAUGAGCGAGCGCCUGGGCGAGCUGGCCAGCCAGGACUACCCGCUGCAGCCCGAGGAGAACGACCAGCUGGACUUCCUCAUCGAGACCGAGGGCCUCAAGAAGUCCAUCCACAACCUGGGCACCAUCGUCACCACCAACGCCAUCGCCUACGAGACGGUGGCCAGCGGCGAGGGCCUGCGCCAGUGCGUGGUGGGCCUGCCCACCUCCGUCACCAUAACGACCAAGGACAAGGACGGCGAGCUGUGCAAGACGGGCAGCGCCAGCCUGACGGCGGAGAUCUGCACGCCGGACGGGAGCGUGGCCGACGGCGAGAUCCUGGACAACAAGAACGGGACGUACGAGUACCUGUACACCGUGCACAAGGAGGGCAGCUUCACCCUCUCCCUGCGCCUCUACGACCAGCACAUCAAGGGCAGCCCCUUCCGGCUCAAGGUCUGCAAGUCCGCCGACGCCUCGCCCACCUCCGACGGCGCCAAGAAGCGGCUCAAGUCGCCGGGCAGCUGCCACGUCAAGCAGAAGGCCAUCAAGCGCCCGGCCAGCAUGUACAGCACCGGCAAGAGGAAAGAGAACCCCAUCGAGGACGACCUCAUCUUCAGAAUCGGAACUAAGGGAAGAAAUAAGGGAGAAUUCACCAAUCUCCAGGGCGUGGCAGCAUCUUCAGUUGGAAAGAUUUUGAUAGCAGACAGUAACAAUCAAUGUGUUCAGAUUUUCUCUAAUGACGGCCAGUUUAAGAACCGUUUUGGGGUGCGAGGCCGGUCUCCCGGGCAACUGCAGCGACCCACGGGAGUUGCUGUCCACCCGAAUGGUGACAUCAUCAUCGCUGACUACGACAACAAGUGGGUCAGCAUAUUCUCCAGCGAUGGGAAAUUCAAGUCCAAGAUCGGCUCGGGCAAGCUGAUGGGCCCGAAGGGCGUGUCCGUGGACCGUAACGGGCACAUCAUCGUGGUGGACAACAAGUCCUGCUGCGUCUUCAUCUUCCAGCCCAACGGCAAGCUGGUCACCAAGUUCGGGAGUCGCGGAAACGGGGACAAGCAGUUUGCAGGCCCUCACUUUGCUGCUGUGAACAGCAACAAUGAAAUCAUUGUUACGGACUUCCACAACCACUCUGUGAAGGUUUUUAACUCGGACGGAGAGUUCCAGCUGAAGUUCGGGUCCAACGGCGAGGGGAACGGGCAGUUCAACGCCCCCACGGGGGUGGCGGUCGACGCCAACGGCAACAUCAUCGUGGCGGAUUGGGGCAACAGUCGGAUACAGGUGUUUGAUGGCAGCGGGUCCUUCCUCUCCUACAUCAACACGUCAGCGGACCCCCUCUAUGGGCCCCAGGGCCUGGCGCUCACCUCGGACGGCCACGUGGUGGUCGCCGAUUCGGGGAACCACUGCUUUAAAGUGUACCGCUACCUUCAGUGACCCCAUCCCCCCGUCCCCUCCUACCACACUCCUGCCGUCCCACACGUCACUGUGCACUCGCCUGUCCAGACUGCCAUCCUUGUGCCAUGUGGGGUCACCCUGGCCCCUCCCCCCUGAACUACAACACUGUGGCCUCGCACUUGACCCGCCCACUUCCCAAUGAGACCCCGCCUCCUCCUCAUGCUCCGUGUCAGUAAUAUGGCGCACAUGCAGGCCGUGCCGAGAAGCGGACAGACUCUCAUCUUCUGUGAUUGGAUGAAGGACACAGGACACUAUAUCUUCUUGCGUUUGGUAAUGUUCUGAUGCCUUCUCACAGCGAUUGACACCCCCCCCGACCCCCCCAGAGCCUCAGAAAACCUGCAGGCUCAUGCAGUGCAGAGGUUUUCUAUUAUUUAAUAAUUCUUCUGAAGAAGAAAGGAUAAUGCCCAAAUAUGCAAUCGUUAUUAUUAUUGGUCCCCAUAUUUAUUGCCAUGACACUUUCAAGUAAAAUGUAUGUGAAGCUGAAAUGUUAUAUCUUAAAGGAGUUCAAAAGGGGAUGCUAAUUCUACUUGUACUAUAGCAUGUAUUCAGAAAAUAGGUAUGGUAGCUUUUGAGUUUUAGGUCAAAGGUCAAAAGGUGAACAUGCCCCUGGGUACAGGACAUUCACUCUCAUAAUUUUGUUUGCAGAACUGGUGUGAACUGGACACAUUGUCACCACCGAUGUUGUCAGUGAAGCUUUACUUGUUCUCGUGAUAAACUUGUGUGAAAUUGUUCUUGCGUCGCUGACUGAAUAUUCAUCACUGGAACCCCCUGGAUUGUCAGAGUAAUUUUCAAGCAUGAACCCACAAUGUUGCCACCUGUGUCCUUUAUGUUGAUGUGCAUGAAGUGCUGUUGUUUUUCUGUGGGAUGGCUUACAAGUCGUUCUGUCAUGUAAGGGAGCAUAUGCAUGAUGUGGAAGUGAACUCUGUGCAGUGAAGACCUGCCUGUCUGUAAGCUAUAUCUGCUGGGGGGUUGAAGCACACAGUUUUCUUUAUUUUGCAGUGAUCAUCUUUGUUACCGAUUAUCUUUAAAGCUGGAUACUUGCUACAUGCACUUACAUUCAACAUGCACAUGAUAAAAUGGACAUAGACAAAUGUUCUUUUCGCUCAAUAUACAGUUACAUUGGGGUCAGUCUGUGUUAAUUUAAUUGGUCAAUUUUUUUUAGAAAUACAGUUAUGUGACUAUUUCCAUUUACACAAAAUACUGGAUGGUUUUGAUUAAAAGAGCAUCAUGGACAACAAGCAAGGACAAACUAUGUGUUUAAGCUUAUUGGGUGGUAAUGUAAAUGGCAAACUCAUCUCCUGUCAUACAUAGCUUUUCAAAUCGGUAUGUGAUGUGAGUUCAAUGGGGAUACUGUUUCAUUUUUUUAAUGCUUGCCAAGCAGUUAUAUGAAGUGGAUGUAUGUUUUAUUUGAUUUCCAUGUGUACUCUAAACAUAUCAGUUGUACUCUACAGUUCACUUGAAUCAUUGACUAAUUAUUUAAAGAACAAGAAAUGGAACAAAAUAUCGCCAAAGCAUUCAUCCCUGCCUGCGUUUUCGACAUCUUUAGAAAUUCACCUUUGAAAUUCAAAACUGCUUCACGAUGAAGGGCACUGCCUCUCCACAGCAUGGUGAUAAUAAUAAUGAAACUCUGAAUGAAUGAUAUCUUAUUAUGGACAAUGCGUACAAAGGAAUCAUGACCAUGCUAUUCACUGACCUUAAGAAAGAAACCAAAACAUACCAAUACAUUCUACAAAUGUGCUGUGUGUAUGUGGUUAUGUGAGAGUUUUAAGGGACUGAUUGCUUUUUGUAGAAAAUGACGCACGCUGGUCCUUACAAAUUAGUUACUGUACAUUGGUUGCAAAUAGUCAUUAUUAUGAUUUUUUAUCUAAAAACAUUUUAUUUUUUAUUGUAAGUGUGUAAAUGUGUAAGGCCAAAUCAAAGAAGUGCCCAUAGAUGUUUGACUUGAUUUUUUUAACAUGCUGUUUUUUAUGUAUUAAUUUCAGUUGUAGUUACAUGCCACUGUGGGAAUAUUCUGUAUAGACUGAAACCUUGUGUCUUGGUGAUUUGACUGUGCUGUAAUUGUUUUUCUCCUGAAAUGUCUACAAAAGAAGCUAGUUUCAUUCUGUGUGAUAGGUUGCAAUCAUUUUGAAUGUUGAGCACUAAGUUCCGUCUGUAAGAAACAGCCUUAAGAUGAUUUUAUGUUGUAUGUUCUGCAAUAGGAGUGUUUUUCUUACUGACACAAAUAGCACUGUGUUGACAACCUGCAGGAAAGUUCCUCCUCUCGCAAAGUGCACGUAUGUGGACUUCUGCUUUCCAAACCUUUAAGGCUCGAUGUGUGUGAGAACACAUUCUUCAAGUUUGAGCAUUCCAUUAUUGAUAUUAAUUUAAUCAUGUUCAUGUGCAUUACUGAAAUAAACUACUGACUUUCUUUUAAAAGCAAGAAAA